AGUGAAUGUUGAUAGAAAUUUCUGCUUCCAAUAUCGAUUAAGGACAGGCUGUUUUGUCAUCGGUUGGUUUGAUAUUAUAUAUGGUCAUGCUAUGGUGUUGGUCUAUCUUGGUUCGAUGUAUACAGGAUACUUCCAAGCUAGUGGUGUCUACAAAACUGCGUUAUGGCUGGAUUUUACAUUCACAAUUGUUCAACUUCUUGAAGGAGCAGUACUGGUUUACGGAAUCAAGUAUAAGACCGUUGGUCUAGUUCUGCUGAGCGCAGGAGUAGGGGUGGUACUGAUAUUAUCUGAUGUGGUGGGGGAUGUGCUACUUGCCUUCAGCUUCUCUUCUGUAUCAACUACUGUCCAAGUAUUCGCUGCAGUAGUUCUUCUCAUAUUCAUCGGUAUCCGAGCAUACAUGACAUUCUGUGUGUACAACUAUUAUCUGCAACUUAACGAAGAGCUUGAUUUGAAGCGAAAACUUCACAGCUCCGUUCCAGACAUUAUUUCAAUUUCUAUGAGGUAA